AUGUGUAUCUAUUGAUUUAUUUCUGUGUGUAUUGUGUCUGUCUAUCUGUGUGAAUGUGGAGAGUUUGGGGUGAAUCUUGCUUGAUACCUGAUGUGGAUGGAUUGCUGUGUGCCUCUCAGUGCAGCAGCCUGUCAGUCCAGACGGCAUUUGACAGCUGUUUCUCACUCCACAUAUUUACACAAAGGUGCUGACAGAUUAGCAGCAGGAGUGGGAACUGCAGUGGCUGUAACUCAUAUGACUUCACUGGUACCAAUCCAGACCACCUGGCUUCCCCAGGGACAGGCUUGUGUCACCCUGACCUUACCUCUACCUAUACAUCUACCACUGCACUACAUUUGGAAUCUGGUUGAGUACAUGUACUCAGACCCAAGCCUGAUGUGCUUGGUGGUGUAUCCUGAAAAUUUGGAGAUCCAGGAGAACUCUGUCACCAAGAACAUGCAAAUGAAUGUCAUUGGGUGGCUGAUGGCAGCUCCUCAAGUGAACCCAGAGAUCACUGGGCUAAAGUACAGCAAGAUGAGUGCCUUGGAGAAGCUGUGCCUUGAGUUGAAGGCUGCAGUCACCAUCAGAAAAGAGCAAAGCUACAACAAGUCAUCCAAGUACUUUGUCAAGAAGGUUUAUGUUGAAGGCAACCUCCUGCACUGCUCUCAGGAGAACAGUGGGACUCAUGACCGCCUCCAAGACCCACAGAGGAUUGGAAGGCAUAAAUUCAAUCUUGGAUAACUAUUGACAUUUAAAACUGGUGACUCCACUUGUCAGAUUGUAGGUGGGAAAGUUUUAGGGUUGAUUGAUGGGAACAUUGUUGAUCUAAAUUCUUUUUUGGUAAAGUACUGUAAAUCACUUGCAUGUGAAGUUUCAAAUGGAUGAAAUAGCAUGAAUGGUUUUGUAGUUGAAUUGUUCUUUGUAGCUGGAAAAAAAAAUUAGGGUCGAUUGAUGGGAAAACUAUUGUUCAAAAUCCUUUUAUUGUAAACUAGAUCAUG